CCGGUUGGAGCUUCGUCAUUUAUGGGUCAGAAUAUUCCGGUUGGAGCAUUGUCAUUCAUGGCGGAAGAUAAAUGUAUAGGAUGUAGAUGAAAAUGCAAAUUUGAUUCAUUUAGGAUAAUUUAUAUCCUUAAAAAGUAACACACUGCUUUGUCAUUGUAAAUGCUUAUCUUAAUUAACAACUGUGACGGGGUUUUGCCGUUUAAACUCGAAUUAUUCGCAGUAAACGGAGGUAAACACGGCGGCUACAUUAUAUAACACUCCGAAUUAACAACUGUAUGGACAUAAGCGAACGCUGAUAGAAAAUUCAUCAUGGAGAAAGAUGCAAAUACAACAGUUAUGAAACAAUGUGGAAUAUGUGACACCAAAUGUGUAUACUCUGCGAUUGAAACCACCUUUAUGUUGGGAGUUGUGUCUAAUUUGCUUAUUGUGUACAUUGUUGUAAAAGAAAAAAGGCUGCAUGACCCCACCCUUAUUGGAAUAGCAGGACUGGCAGUCUCUGAUGCCAUCUUCCUUUUCUUGAGACUUCUAAAACCCAUUGAGGAGGUGAUUAGAGUGUCAACUUGUGAGAAUGGCACUGACAAGGCUAUAGGAACCAAGUGGUACUACAGCAUCCGAACGUCAGCAUGGGCCGCAGCAAAUACACACGUGGCCAUGUUGGCAGUCAUUCGCUACAUAACGUUGGUGUACCCUAUAAAGUCUCAUUUAAUUCUGACAAUCAAAAGGAUACUGUUGGCAUCAUUUUGGAUAUGGCUGUUUAGUUUGGCAUUCGUUGGAACUUUGUCAGUUCUUAUGGCCUAUAACCUCAUCCCCGGAUGGCAAUCUCACGAGUAUGUGCUAAUCUUAUGGACCUGUGUGUACAUUAUGCCAGUCACUGUAACUACAAUCCUUCAUUGGAGGAAAGUGAUUCUGGUAAGAAGAAGUGCCAACACGUAUUCUACCGACCGCCAAAUAAAGAAUAUACGGCGCAUGUCCAAGCUUGUGAUCCUCGUAGUGAUCUUAGCGACUGUGCUUCCUCUCCCGCGAUUCAUUAACAAAAUUCUAAUAGCGAUAAACAUGAACAGAAGACUGGAUAUAUCUAAAGAGUUUUUACGGCAUUUUAAAGGAGUGUCCGAUAUUUUAUUCCUUGUGAAUCAUUCCAUAAAUCCCAUUCUGUAUGGAUUUCUUAGUCAAAGAGUUAGGAAGUCUUUGCAAAAAGUGUUUUGUAAGAUAGCUGUUCACAACCAAAGGAGCGACAGGGAUCGAUCCGGAGAUCGGUCGUCAGAAAACCGCGGGAUAGGUGUGAAUCCAAAAUGCAUAGGCGAUAACGAUGUGAAAACACUGUGUGGUGCAACUAACGAGGGGAAUGUUACUUUAGAAAAGUAUAAGCGACGACCGAAGGCCAGUACGUCUAGUACAAGUACAAUUGAAAGCUGUAUUAGCAGCAUCAGUGAUGUAGUGUAACUUCAAAAUCUGCAGACGACAAAUUAAAUAUUCACUUUUUGAAUGUUGUCUUUAGUACUAAGUGUGUAUAUAAAUGGUAUCGUUAUUAUGCUAUGGGCAUACUAUUCAAAACCCAGUAUAUUUUGAAUGUCUAGCUGUUAUACAGCUUUUAUAUGUAUAUUGUAUAAUAAUUAUGUAUUUAUAUUUAUAUUCUUAAUAAGGCGUCUUAUAAAUUUCUGUAAUUGUCUUUCAAAUUUUAAUUGAAAUGUUUCAAAUUACAAUAAAACA